CUCCAGUUAAGCGGACUGGAAUACCUCAAAUGCAAAUCCACAUCACUCAGAAUCCAAGCUCAGCUUUUCCCACCAUAUCUACACGAAAAAUCCAGAACCAAAAAAAUGGUCAAUUGAAAAACGAUUCAAAUGGCAUUGUUGUCCCCCUCCACAUCAUCUUUUGCCACAGAAAAAGUCACUUCUUGUUUCACAAACUCACUCUUCAAAUCCCACUUUACUAAGCCAUGGCAAUGUCAAAAAAGAAGCUUGUUUAUUCUUACCCAAAAUGUUACUAAUAUACAUAGACCAACACGAGUCUCCUUUCAGCUUCCUCUUUUACUAUCUCUUCGUCUUGGUCCUCGUUUUUCUUCUCUUCCGUUUAAUUCUCCUUUUCUUGCUCCUUGUACUUCUCUUCCUCUUCUGCACGGAUUUCCUUCACCUCAUUUUUCAUCUCCUAUGUCCUCCUUAACCUCUGAUCAUAAUUCCAAUGCUACCCCUGAUAUUAAAACUGUUAGAGCUGUGAUUAAGGGGAGAGUGCAAGGGGUGUUUUACAGGGACUGGACUGUGGAGAAUGCUAAGGAGUUGGGAUUGAAGGGUUGGGUUCGAAAUCGGAGAGACGGAUCUGUGGAGGCUUUGUUUUCUGGAAGCCCGGAAAAGGUUCAGGAAAUGGAGCAAAGAUGCCGGAGAGGUCCACCAGCCGCUAUUGUCACUGGACUAGAUGUCUUCCCCUGUGAUGAUGAUCCUGGAACUGGGUUCGAGCGCAGACAAACUGGUUGAUCAUAUUGUCUAGGCUAGCCUGUUGGUAAUGCCAAAACUGAAUAAUAUUCUUUGCUUUUUCUAACUUGCUUGCUUCAUGUUGAAAUAAAUGGUAAUAAGCACACCAUUUUUGUACAUACAGGUUCUUUGAAAUGUUUUGGGUUUUAUAAUUAAACGUUCUUAUUUAUGUUAUGCUUUCAUGCGUUGAUUCAUUACA